ACAAAAUUAUAAGUAUAAACAUUUCCAAACUAAAUCAUUGCUUAUAAAUCGACAAUUAGUGUGUUACUUAAAAAGAGAAAUCAAAGUGUUUAAAAUUUGACACUUGCUUCAAGUGCUCCUAAAGCACCCAAAGAUAACUGUGUGUCAUUGACGUAAACAACAAUGGCUGCAACGCAGGAAAACACCGAAAUUUCGGGUUCCUUCUCAAAUUUAAGAAUAAACUACGAAAACGAAGAGGAUGCGGCGCCUGUGAACGGUAACGAAUCAUGUCUGGAUUAUGGACUUCCAUUACCUGAGGUGUACAAGUUAGCUGUCAGUUUCUACAAAGAAAAAGAGGGAAAGGCUGUGCAUUUUAGUUAUGAGGAUAAGCUGCAACUGGUUGCAUUCUCCCAGCAAGUUUCACAUGGACCAUUUAGUGAAGCAAUACACAAGUUGCCCCCAGUGGGGGCAUUAGAUGUGGUUGGCAGAGAUAGAAGGGUAGCAUGGCAGAAAUUAGGUGGAUUGUCUUCAGAUCAAGCUAGGGCUGGUUUUGUUGAGUUGUUAAGUAGAAAGUGUCAUUUGUUUUCAACUUAUAUUGAAGCACAUAGAAGAGAGAAGAAGGAACAAGAAAGAAAAUAUAAAGAAGAUGAAGUUAGAAAACAAGCAGAAUAUGAACAACAGAAACAAAUAGAAUUGGAACAACAAAAGGAGCAGGAACGACUUGAACAAGAAGAACUUAUAAAACGACAGAUUCAGCAGGCGCUCAAUGAACAGACAUAUGAACAGUUUAGGAAAUAUUCCGAGCAUCAAUUUCCCGGCGAACCGGAGAAACAAGGCGCGCUAGUUAAACAACUUCAAGAGCAACACUACAUCCAGUACAUGCAACAGCUCAAAGCUGCGCAACGUGGUGAAACUACUGAAAUCAGCGAGGACAUAAAACACGAAACAAAAGACUAUGUAAGUUAUUUUUUCUAUACUUUAUUACAAGUAUAUUAUUUGUAUAUUAUAUUUUAUCAGGAUUCAAUAAAUAACGAAAACGAAACAAAAGAAUACGAUGAAGACUCGCUCGAUCAACUGGUCGCUGCGAAUAUGUGGACGCGUGCGGACAUGGACGCGUUUAAACAAUCCGUAUCACAAGCAGAAGGCGAUGGUGUUGUGCGCGUUGGCCACGGUGAGACUGUAACAGUCCGUGUGCCAACGCAUCUAGAAGGCUCGCGACUCUUCUGGGAGUUUGCCACUGACCAUUACGACAUUGGUUUCGGUUUGUAUUUUGAAUACGGCACACCGACAACAGAUCGUGUUUCCGUGCACAUUUCUGAGAGUGAAGAUGAAGAGGGUGACGACAUUGAAGAUGAACUCUACGAUGAAGAUCUCCAGUUGCCUGGUGGAGAUUUAGAGGCGGGUUCGACCAAUAUGCAGGGUAAUAGUAAGUCCCUGCUGACGGAGAUUGUGCCGGUGUUUCGACGCGACUGCCAAAACGAAGUUUAUGCUGGCUCGCACAAGUAUCCCGGACAGGGCGUAUACCUGCUGAAGUUUGACAAUUCGUACUCGUUGUGGCGGUCGAAAACGUUAUAUUACAGAGUUUAUUAUACGCAUUGAAGUAAUUCAGACAUUCAACGCUAAAAUGCGUAAAACGUAUAUAGUAUUUAUAUUUAAAUAUUUAAAUUAUGAUUUCAUCUUCUCUUCAAAUCCUUUCAAUCUUUAAAUGUUUGUAUUCCAAGAUACGAGAUACAAGGACCCGAAAUGUUAGCUGUAGACCUAGCUCAUCACAUGUGUGCAAUCAGUUUAUUUAAGUAUUGAUCGUUUCUUUAUUUGUAUUUUAUCUGUUAUGAACGUUUUAUUUUGUUGCCCAGUUUGGUGGUGAAAAUUCGUAGUUAGAUUAUAAUUAAACGCCAUGAUUCGUGAGAUUUUAAUUCCAUUUAAAACUGAUGUCGAAAAACCCUUAAAACUAACAACAGAAAACAUUCUUUAAACAUACAACUAAAUCAGAACAAAUUGUUUCCUUUUUUAAUUUUAACUGUAUUUUUAUUGCCGCUUUUAUUAAGAUAACAUCGUUAUGAUCAUCCUGAUCUAUUUGAUGGAAAAACAGGUAAAUUAAAAUAAACGUUUAAUGUUUAUUUAAUUUGAGAGUUUUGAUCUCUGAAUGUGAUUGCAUAACUAAAAUCAAUGGAAGGGUAGACAAAAUUAAAUCUAAAAAUAUAAUAUUUCUUAUUAUUUAUUUCCAUUUUUAAAUAUCGUGUUGUUACAAAUUGGCAUUUUCAACUAUGGAUAUAAAUAUUUUAAGUAAACUAAAAAAACGCAUUUUAACCCCUUCGUAAAGAAGUAUAUCUAACUCUUUUCCUCUUACGUAAACUUCCAAAAGACAAAACUUACCAAACUUGUUGGAGUUGUUGGUUAACCUAACCGCCAGAGCGUAAAAACUACUCAACGAACGCAACGACAAUCCUAACGAACCUAACGAACAACGCAAGUUCGACGCGCCGCGUAUGCCGCGAAAACACCGAUUACUUGGCGUACGUAAACACACAUCAUGAGUUAAAGCAAUUCGCAGCUUUCCCGCCCUAAUUAUCUAUGACUAUCAAUGAAAACUUUGUAGCAUUUUAUAUCUGAAAAUGGACGAUACAAGAAAUGAUGAGGAGCGCAUUACACGAUUGUCUUCUCAACGACGAUCGGCCUUAAGCGAGCUCCCUGAUGUGCCCAAUGAACCAGCCACCCCCAACAAAGCACCAUCUCCAGAUGAACAAGUGAUUAUCCAGAGAGGCUUCAGGCGCAAGCCAUUGACUUGGUCACCAUAUGAUGGUAACAGAACUAGACUGUUUGGCCCACCCAGGGAGAAAACACCAGAUCCAGAGAAGAAGCCCCAGAAGCCUGAUAUUAAUGUGAAGCUAAGACGGAGACUGAUUAUGUCCUCAACUGAUGUUGCCAUGGGUGAAGUAAUUGAGAAGAAACUGAGGAGUUGCAGGAAGGCUAGACUUUCAGGGUAAUAAUAAUAAAAUUUGUGUUCUCAUUGAAUUUACCUAGAAUGGGGUAAAUUUUAUAUUUUGAUGUUCUCAUGUUCAAUUUAAUGUGCCUUACUUUAUUGGAAACAAAAAUAAGUAAAAAUUAAUUUUAUAAUUUAAGAGAUAUAGUUAUAUUCAAAUCAAAUCAAUGUAAUUUUAAAAUCUUAAAAGAAUAACUAGAUUUUUCUAUUUUUAAAUAAAUAUAUAAAUGAA